AUAUAGACCUAGAAAAUAUUACUUUGAGACUCAAAGAGACUCGUGCAAAAUGUCAAAAACAGUUACCCAUAAUUUCAGAAAAUGAGCAAAAAAUAUUUGGGAAAGAAGUCGCAACAAAAGGGAUUUGUCGUAAAAACCAAUGCUUAGAUAAGCUGGCUGAAAUGUGUCAAGAAUUAGAAAGUGUUGAUGACAUCCCUACUAAGAUGAGAAUAUUCAAAAGAUACGUGAAAUGCG